AUGAAGAUGGGAUUUAUUUUCAUUGUAACCUUCAUGUGCUUCCUCGCUCCUGUCCACCAAGCGCACCUUCCAAGCGCCACUAUCUCCGAUCUGUCCCUCAAAAAUAUGGACUUUGCCAUGAACCUAUACCGAAAAAUAUCCAGCUACCAUGACAAGAACAUCUUUUUCUCACCUCUGAGCAUCUCUACCAGCUUUGCUGCUCUAUUAAUGGCUUCUGAUGGUGUCACACGUGAGGAAAUACUGAGGGGACUCAACCUGGAGCAGCUGGAACGGGCUGACCAGCCACAACUUAUUCCAACACUCUUUAAACUCCUUCAUGAGAACAUCGCACAGAAUGGAUCACUGAUACUAGAUCAAGGCAUGGCCCUCUUUACGCGCCGGCAGUUUGUGGUGGAGAAGACAUUUGAAGACCAAAUCAAGAAGUUUUUUGACGCCGACAUCAAAAGCGUAGACUUUGCAGACACAAAAGGGAGUAUCCGCUUCAUCAAUGAGUAUAUCAGGCAGAAGACUCAGUACAGAGUGAUGGAGAUGAUUUCCACCCUGGAUGCACUAACCCAAGUCAUGUUAAUUAAUACAAUUUUCUUCCAGGGAGCCUGGCAGAUGCCUUUCAACCCCAAUUUCACUGCAAAUGCACCGUUCUACAUUGACAACUAUAAUAUUGUGCAACUGCCAACGAUGUUUUUAGUGGAUAAGUUCUACACAAUGGAAGAUACUGCCCUUGGUGCCAGAGUGCUGAACCUACCAUACCAGGAAGGUGUUUCCAUGCUUAUUCUGCUCCCCAACAAAGGCGUGGACUACACUGUGAUUGAUGAUGGGAUCACUGCUGAGAAGUUCCACAGCUGGAUCAAAAAGCUGCAAAUAGUCAAACUGGAAGUCAACAUGCCCAAAUUCAAGAUGGAGGAGUCGUAUUCCCUGCACGAUAUUUUACCAGAUAUGGGCUUUGCCAGUAUAUUCAGUAAUUCAGCCAAUUUGACAAAGCUGAGUAAGGAAGAUGGCCUCAAAGUUUCAGAGAUGCUGCACAAGGCUGUGAUUGAGGUGGACGAGGUUGGGACGACUGCGGCAGCUGUCACAACAACUGGCAUUAUUCCAUAUUCCCUACCCAAGACCUUCACUAUCAACAGACCAUUUUUCUUCUUCAUAUACCAUGAAGAAACAAACUGCCUGCUGUUCAUGGGCAGGGUAAUUGACCCUACCAAACACUAG